AUGUAUUCAUUAAGAUCUAGUUUAAUUCAACACAAACGCAUACAUUUUGACGAUAAAUCAUUUAAAUGUGAUGUCAUUUAUUGUGACAAACGUUUUACAUGCAAACAAAAUUUGAAUCAACACAGACUAAUACAUUUAGAUAAGAAACCAUUUAAAUGUGAUGUCAAUGAUUGUGAUAAAAUAUUUUGGCAAAAAUCUAAAUUAAUUGAACACAAAUGCAUACAUUUUAAUCAUAAGACAUAUCUGAUGUGUAAUAUCGAUGGUUGUGACCGAAGAUUUCAAUAUCAGACUGGUUUAGAUCGACACAAACGUAUACAUUGUGGUCAAUGGCCGUACAAUUGUAAUGUCGUCGAUGGUUGUGGUGAUGAACUGAUUCAACAAAACUGUCGUUUAGAUGAACACAAACGCAUCCAUUCAACUGAUAGACCAUUUAAAUGUGAUGUCGAUGGCUGUCAUAAAACGUUUCGCCAAAGUACUGGUUUAUAUCAACACAGACGCAUACAUUCAGAUGAGAGACCAUUUAAAUGUGAUGUCGAAAAUUGCGACAAAAAAUUUCGGCAAAUGACUCAUUUGAUUCAACACUAUCGCAUUCAUUGCGACGAAAAGCCUUAUAUUUGUGAUGUCGUUAACUGUACUAAAAGUUAUCGACAACAGUCCGGAUUAGAUCAACACAAACGAAGUCAUAUCUAUGAAAAGCCAAUGAAUUACAAAUGCAAUGUCGAUGACUGUCAUAAAACGUUUGGUUUAUAUCAACACAAUUGUUGGCAUUUAAAUAAAAACUCAGUUAUCGGUAAUUGUAUGGAUCACACAUACGCUAAGACAUCAGUUAUUUUCAAAUAG